AUGGAGACUGUUGUUAAUUCAGGCCAAUUUCGAAAUCCUCCUGGUACGACUCGUGAGGAAUGGAAUAAAUGGAACAAAUUAUCCUUCAAUGAAAUGGAUGGAACGUUUUGUAUACAACAAUGGAUUCAACAAUGCAUUUUUGCCGAUUUUAGAGAUGUUGAUUUAAUUUUGGAUUGUCCAUCUGGUGUGGAUGAAGGUGUUUGGAAAUAUGAACAUUUACGUCAAUUUUGUUCUGAUUUGAAUGGAUUGGCUGUUCUUUUACAGGAUGAAUGUACACCAGAAACUUGUAAUCAAAUGACUGCUACAGAUCAAUGGAUUUUUCUUUGUGCUGCUCAUAAAAAUCCAAAAGAGUGUUCUGCAAUUGAUUAUACUCGACAUACACUGGAUGGGGCUGCUGCUCUUUUAAACAGCAAUCGUUAUUUUCCAAGUAGAAUUACCAUAAAAGAGUCUUCAAUAGCAAAAAUUGGAUCAGUCUGUCGCAGAAUUUAUCGUAUAUUUUCUCACGCUUAUUUUCAUCAUCGGGCAUUGUUUGACUUAUUUGAGGAAGAAACUUUUCUUUGUAAACGAUUUACUAAAUUUGUUUUGAAAUAUCAAUUGAUGGCUAAUGACAAUUUAAUUGUUCCGAUUUCAUAA